AUGGGCAGCGAGGCGGGCAGCCCGCCGGCGACCACGGCGGGGCAACAGCUCCGCGCUCUCUUCUACGUGCUGCCGCCCGGCGAGAGCUCCUUCCGCACGGUGGAGGAGGUGCCCGACUACGUGGAGAAGAGUAUUCCGUUCUUCAUUGCUUUUAUUGGGCUGGAGUUUGCUGUCAGCUGGGCUCAGAAGCGCAAGCUGUCAGGUCGGAUCAAUGAUGGCAUAAGUAGUCUUUCUUUAGGUAUCCUGUCUCGACUGCCAGAUGUUUUAUUCAGAAGUGUUGACUUAAUUAGUUAUGUCUACAUAUGGAAUAACUACAGACUCUUUGAACUGCCCUGGGACUCACCAUGGACGUGGUAUUUGACAUUCCUGGGAGUGGACUUUGCAUACUACUUCUUUCAUCGCAUAAGCCAUGAGGUUAAUAUAGUGUGGGCAGCGCACCAAGUACAUCAUAGUUCUGAAGAUUACAACUUAUUCACAGCCUUGAGACAAUCUAUACUGCAGAAGUACACCUCCUGGAUUUUCAACUUGCCCAUGGCUCUUUUCAUUCCACCUUCAGUGUUUGCUGUUCAUCUACAAUUUAAUCUACUUUACCAGUUCUGGAUACAUACAGAGGUUAUCACCAACCUUGGGCCUCUGGAGUGGAUUCUUAAUACUCCCAGUCAUCACAGAGUUCACCAUGGUAGAAAUCCUUACUGCAUUGACAAAAAUUAUGGCGGAACACUCAUUAUCUGGGACAGGAUAUUUGGAACAUUUGAGGCAGAAGAUGCGAAAGUUGUAUAUGGCUUAACACAUCCAGUAAAUUCAUUUGAUCCCAUCAUGGUCCAGUUACGUCCCUUGGUUCAUAUUUGGAACACGUUUUGGGCCACACCUGGAUUCUGCAAUAAGCUUUCUGUCAUAUUCAAAGGGCCAGGCUGGGGACCAGGCAAACCUAGACUUGGCCUUCCUGAGGAAAUCCCAGUGAUCACUGGAAAGGAAGUUCCCUUCAAUCCAAGUGUACCAGCCUAUCUUAAUUGCUAUGCAGUUGUACAUUUUGCUGUAAUAGUGGACUUGUAUACUGAACUUCUUGGUACUGUGACUAUGUUAUCACAGGGAACUAUUCUCCUGAGAAUUGGCUUUAUCAUUCUAUCCCUGACCUCUUUCGGACUACUUAUGGAGAACAGGCCCAAAGCAGGAAUUUUGGAAAUCAUCCGCUGCUUGGUCUUCGUGGGUGUGUACAAACUUGGCUACUUAAGGAGUCAGUUUUCUUCCUUGAGCUAUGCAUAUGAGGUCUUGUUUUCCCUCUGCGCUGCAUUCUGGGGAAUCCAAAUUAUGAAGCGGAUCACUUCAUACAAAGAUAAACAUCAUUGAAAGAGCAGAUCUAUCAUCACUUUAAUUAUGGAAACAGCACUUUGGAAUAACCUUCUAAGUUCCUUGGAAUUAAUCAAGAGCAGAUCUAACAUCACUUUAAUUAUGGAAACAACACUGUGGAAUAACCUUCUAAGUUCAUUGGAAUUAAUCAACCAUGAC